AUGGCAACGGCCUGGAGAAGAAGCACACUCUGUUUCCGUGAGCGAUGGCCACUGCACCAUCCCCAGUACUACCGCUGCUACUAUCAGCUUCCAGCUGAUCUUGUCAUGCUUUGUUGGCUCAUCAUGAUGGCCUUCUUUCUUGUGGAGGUAGCUGGAGUACUAGAAGGGAGAGUGAGCAGCGAGGGAUGCUUGCCGAGGGAGAAAGAUGCUCUCUUGCUUUACAAAGCCGCCAUCGAAGAUCCUUCCGACCGCUUGUCUUCGUGGCAGGAGGCCCAAGGAGACGACUGCUGCGCAUGGACUGGCGUAGUCUGCUACAACAGAACGGGCAGAGUACGAGUGGCCGAGCUCAACCUUCAAAAUCCGAUUGGUGGCCAACUCAAUUGGUGGGAGUACAGUUUGAGGGGUGAGCUGCUGCAUCCUUCAUUAUUGUCUUUAUCUCACUUGCAAAGCUUAAAUCUCAGUUUCAAUGACUUUGAGGCCACCCAAAUUCCACCUCUCGUUGGUUCUCUUCACAAACUCAGGUAUCUUGAUCUUUCUGAGUCCAACUUCAGUGGAAACAUUCCCCUUCAUCUCGGAAACUUAACUGAUCUUCGUUAUCUCGAUCUCAAUUCAUAUUAUUUUCCUAUAGUUAGCCAGAGCCUAGACUGGCUCUCCGGCCUUUCUUCUUUGAUUUAUCUGGACAUGUCCUAUUUGGAUCUCAGCGCUGCCUCCCAUAAUUGGAUAUCAGCAGUCAACAUGCUACCUUCCCUACAACAUUUAUAUUUAUUUGAUUGUAAAAUUAAUAAUAUCCCUCUUUCUCUUAGUUUCCAUCUCAACCUCAGUACUUCUCUUGUGGAUCUUAAUCUUGGUUUCAACAACUUCAACUCUUCUUUUCCUAACUGGUUCUGGAAUCUCACCAGCCUCUCGUCUCUUCAACUUUCAGAGUGUGAAAUUGGAGGAAUGUUGCCUAUUGAAAUUGGCAACUUAAUUAGCCUCACACAUUUUGAUCUUUCUCUGAAUUUGCUCUCUGGUCCCCUACCUGAUACGUUAUGGAAAUUGAAGCAUCUAAAAUUCCUCGACCUGAACCAUAAUUUACUUGGAAACUCUUUACCAAUGGGGAUUAUGAAUCUAUCAAGCUUAUCAACACUGCACCUUAAUAAUUGGUCGUUACCACCAACGUUAUUCACACCAAAAUUACAACAUUUGAUUCUCUCACAUAAUCAUAUUAAUGGAAGCAUACCUCCUAAUAUUUGUAAGUUUCAUACUUUUCGACACCUCAACUUAUCAAACAACCAAAUAUUUGGAGAAAUUCCCCGGUGUUGGCAGAAGGGCUCAUUUAUUCGAUAUAUUAAUUUGGGAAACAAUAUGGUCUUUGGAGAAAUUCCAAGUUCUCUUGGCAACUUGAUGAAGCUUGAGUUCCUGCACUUGAAUAACAACAAUUUAAAAGGGCAUCUUCCAUCAUCAUUGCAAAAUUGCAGUCGGUUAUUGAUUGUUGAUUUCGGUGACAACAAAUUCUCUGGAAAUAUACCUUCGUGGAUUGGGCAAAGUUGGCAGCGGUUGCGUAUUCUCCGAUUGUCCUCAAAUAUGUUCAAUGGCAAUAUUGAUUCACAACUUGGGUAUUUGAGGGAUCUUCAAAUCAUUGACUUUGCAAAUAACAAGUUAUCAGGGACAAUACCACAUUCUUUUGGAAAUUUCAGCACAAUGAUUUCGUCAUCAGUUGAACUACUUCCUUCCUUUGAUGUACCAAUGGAAAUACUAGAAGUAGUCGAAACUUGUAGCGGAAGUGAAAGCAUUACUUUAGUUACAAAAGGAGACCAACUUACGUUUUCAUCUAUUCUUUAUCUUGUGAAGAGUAUAGAUCUUUCAAACAAUGAAUUGACAUAUGAGAUUCCCGAAGAAUUAGGAUAUCUUGUUGGACUGCACACUUUGAAUUUAUCAAGAAACUACUUCAAAGGCAAGAUACCAGAUAGCAUCAGCAAAAUGAGUUCAUUGGAAACUUUGGAUCUGUCCUUCAAUAAUUUAUCAGGGGUUAUUCCUCAAGGUUUAUCACAACUAAAUGCUUUGAGCCAUUUGAAUUUGUCUUAUAACAACCUAUCUGGAAACAUUCCUUCUGGGAAUCAACUUCAAACAUUGGAUGAUGUAUCCAUUUAUAUUGCUGGAGUAGAAGGGAGAGUGAGCAGCGAGGGAUGCUUGCAGAGGGAGAGGGAUGCUCUCUUGCUUUACAAAGCCGCCAUCAAAGAUCCUUCCGGCCGCUUGUCUUCAUGGCGUGCCCAAGUGGACUGCUGCGCUUGGACUGACGUAGUCUGUCACAACACAACGGGCAUCGUGCGAGUGGCGGAGCUCAACCUUCAAAAUCCAAAUGCAAACCAAGACGAUAAUCUGUGGGAGACGGCUUCGAGGGGUGAGCUGCUGCAUCCUUCAUUAUUGUCUUUAACUCACUUGUGA